GCUCUAAUAGUAAUUUGGUAUGGCUUCGCGGGCCAAAUGUAAUUAGGCUGCGGGCCAAAUUUGGCCCGUGGGCCAGAGUUUGACACCUAUGUCAUACAGGGUGCAUAACAUCAAAGUGAGACAAGGCUAAACUUAGAAAGCCGAAAAUAAGACUGUACUUUAUUGAGAUGAGAAACACCUUUAAAUUGUUUGAGCUAGUAAAUGUAAGUAGCAUUUGCGAUUCGUCAACCUAAAUGUUACAGUUUUGCAUUGUUGUUAGUUACUAUUUAUAGUGUAGAAACCUUUUAUGUGUGGGUUCUUUGAGAUCAUGGCACAUUACGUAGAUGCUAAUUUAAAGCGGUGUAGAAGAAUAGAAAUACAGAAUCUUAAAAUACAGAGAUUUCAAAGACUAAAAUAGGAUGUUGUGGGAUUAAUAUCUCCAUUUGAAAGAUGUUUGAAAUGGCCUUUCAUAAAUACUAGGCUCUAUAAUAUGAAUGAGAUUUAGAAAUUGUAGCUCUUUUCUGCAACCUUUUUGAAUGGAGUGAUAAGACAAUGAGCCUCUCUCAAUUCUGGCUCUCAGGGAGAUGACUUUUAAAGAAUCAAAAAUACAAAUGGUAUAUUGAUGCCUAUCAGAGUCAGCCAACCUUAUCCUGUCACGAUGUGGAUGAAAUCUCCAAGAGGUCGAAGCUCUUUGUCUUUUGAGUGGUUCGGUGUUUAUCAUUGACGGCUCUCACAGCGAGUGAGUGCACAAUGUUCCACGUGUUGUUCUCGAUGGCGGUGAACUUCAGUGUGACUCAACAUAUUUUCAGUUGUUUGACUACAAGAUAUAUUUAUGUUGCCCCAAUAAAUAUUCCAGUCAUUCCUUUAACUUCUGAAAACUAUGUACUGGCUUAUAAUUAUGCCCCGCCCCCUUAAAGUGAAAUUUUAGCUUUUAGAAAACAAAUUUUGAGAUGUUAUUGUUUGUUAUUCAGUUGUGUUUUUCACAGUGGUGAUAAAUUGGGUUGGAUUUUCACCUGCAGCAUUAAUCUUUGUUUAGAGGAUGGUUUAGAACAGGGGUGCGGGAACUCCAGGCCUCAAGGGCCGGUGUCCUGCAGGUUUUAGAUGUGUCCUUGGUCCAACACAGCUGAUUUCAAUGGCUAAAUUACUUCCUCAACAUGUCUUGAAGUUCUCCAGAUGCCUGGUAUUGAACUUAUCAUUUGAUCCAGGUGUGUUUACCCAGGGUGAUGUAUAAAACCUGCAGGACACCAGCCCUUGAGGCCUGGAGUUGCCCACCCCUGGUUUAAAAGAAUGAAGAGUGUGUAAAGGUUCUUUAUGUAAUUUUUAUGCUGUUGGCAAGAUCUCAAAUACAAGUAUUUGAAGUUAGAAAUAACUUUUGUUUAUGUAUGUCAGAAGCAUUUUUCUAGAGGAGUCUUUUUGGUCAGUGCAAACUUACUCAUAAUGUCAGCACACAGCCAGUGUAGUGAAUGCAAAUUAUACAAGACAACCAAGAUCAUUUAAUCAUUUGAUAUAAGUAACAGUUUUUCUCUCAUAUCAUUAUAAUGCUAUGUAUUUAUAUCUUGGAGUCUUAUCAAAGGGAGAUUUGUAUAAUCGGAGGAAAAAUGAAAUUGCAAUUGUUGUCUCUCACUGAUACAGAUUUGGAAGAUCAUCACAUGAAAGUCACUUCUUUUCUCAUCCAAUGAAUGAAGUAGAAGAGCAGCCGACAAUAUGUGAUGCCAGACACACAGCACUUCUUUAUUUCCGGACCACACUGACCCAUAUUUCACUGACAGCAUUUCAAAAGAUGAAUUUAUAAUCUGGCAGUCAUGGGACACACUGAUAUUUGCCUGGAAGGACAAAUUUAACUUGCCUUCAUAAUGUUUGUGACUUCAUGCAGUGCCAGCUGUGAUUUAUGUUAGGAAGCUCAAGUUGGGGCUCGGGCUAGUUAAGAGGGACUCCUUUCAUGUGGGUCAAACAUGUGCAAGGCUUUAAAUGCAACUUAAGCAAGCUUGAUCUAUUUGUAGUUUACUGUCAUACCGUUGGCAGAAACCUUAUCGGCGGCCUGAGGGGACAAUCGGUGGUCAGCGUAAUAAACGGCUGCAGAAUGCUGACAAUAUAAUAGCGGCGUCACAAACGUGGUGUGAGAGCUGAGCCGGAUGUACUGUACAUGAGUGUUCCAUUGUAAUUACACAGAUUUAGCUGGAUUAGCAUGGUUACCAUUCUCAGCUGUGAGGAUUAGCAUGUUAACAUUUUCAACUUCCUUGAAGACAUGUUUUAACAGGUCUCAGAUGUGGAGCGAGUCAGGGCGAAGUUUUAUGCUCACAAGCCUUGAAGCCUGGUCGUUAUUAGCCUCUGGCUGUUGUUUUGGAAUAAUUUUGCAAUGUACCGAAUGCGCUGAAAAGCCUGCCGAGUCCUGCAUUUAGUUAAGAUUCAUAUGUUACAUGGUACAAAGAGGCAUGUGUUUACAUGCUCACAGCAGCAUAUGUGCGUGCCAUAUGUUUACGAGGAGAUGGUCGGUAUGCAGCUGGUUAAUCGGCUCUCCCAACGCAAGCACCACACAUGCGAACCUAUUGGGUCAAAUCAGUGCCUAAUCCUUCACCGCCCCACCUGACUUCUCAGUUUUCUGCUGUGUGUUCAUGUUUAAGCUACAACCAAACUAUCCUCAUUAUUGUCCUGCAGGGAUUUCUGCUGCUUUCCCUCUUCCAGACAGAACUGAAUAGAGUUGUAGCUCUGGUGGAAAAAUAGCUGUCUCUCCUUCUCAUUUUUUUGUUAGGGAUCUAAGCACUAUGUGUAAUGAUUUUUUUUUUCUUUCCAGUCUUAUCAAAAUAGCGUUUAAAACGCUCCUUAAAUGUGUUAAGAUUAGUACGUUACUAGGUGAAGUAUGGAUUAAAACAAGUAUCGUACUAGAUAAUGACAAAACAUGUUAUUUCUAAAGAUAUCACCAAUAAGUCUGGAACCUAAUGCUGUUUUUACAGUUGUAAAGGGGCAACUCACACAUUAAAGGCUCUAAAUGCAAACAAGACAGACAUUUUAAACUUGCUUUGAGGUACAAGCUCUGAAUGCAUUUGCAUGACCCACUCCUGGUAUUUUCACAUACACGUAGUUUAGCUUUGUCUUUCUGACAGAUGUGACUUCUCUUUGCUUGGUAGAUCCUUGUGUGUAUUACACUGCUUUAAUACCAAAGGCUAUUGCUUGGAUGACUGUUGAUCCAGCUUUUGUGUCAGUAGGUUUAGGUCUCUUGCCCUGAUCCUCAUCUUGUCUGUGAGCAGCGCUGACAUUUGGUCAAGCUGGAUUAGAAAUCUUGAUCCCUUGAAAGAGAAGCUGUACUGAAAAAACAAACAUGUGAAACACUGAGGUCGUGUGUUUCACUGUCCAUGAAAACGGGGACAUCUGUCAGUUUAUAUCUUCUCUGCUCUCAAAAAACCAUGGGUCAUGUUUUCAUAAUAGGUUUGUUUGUCUUAAUGAGCUGACUUAUUGUUGUCAUAAGUAGAGGUGCUCAUGAUACUUAAGUCUGUCCAGUCUUUCUAAACUAAAUCUGAAUGGUGCCAUCAGGAAAUGGGCAUUUGUUAUUAGCAGCUUCAUGGUUUGAAGCUGUAUAUGCAUGUGCAUAACUAUCUAGAUGCACAUAGUACUGGAUGCUAGCAUGUGCACUGUCUAUGAUUUGCCCUGUGGUGCCCUGCUUUCUGAUAGCUCUGCUGUCUAGGAUUAGGCUGAAAGCUCUGUGCUCAGAUACACAUCAUUCUCGGCACAGACCUGUGUAAGCUCAGACCACACUCACUGUUGGUUAGCUUUAAGAGGAAAAUGCACUGCUAUUUUCUGCUGUGGCACAUAUGGGAUCCUGAAAAUCUGGCUAGCGAUGGGGGUGAAGUUAGUCAAGCCUAACUUUGCGCGAAACCCCAGCACGAGAGUCUCUAUGAGACUCCCUGAGGAUGACGGCUCUCACAAGGCUCUUUUUUUCUUUUCAACACACUGGAUUUAAUAUGAUUUGGAGUUUAUCCCAUUAGCUGUUUGCUUGGAAAGGAAGCUGGGCUUGGAUCUCGUCGAGAAGUAUGGGAAUAGGCAGCUCUUUUGCACCAAGAUCUGAUCAAAUUUUUACCAUAAAGGUGAGCCUGGCACCGAGGCAGAACCUCCCACGAAUCAUCCUCAAAGGAAUCUUCCAGGGGGUUAAAGUGGUUCGUGGACCAGACUGGGACUGGGGCAACCAAGAUGGUGGGGAGGGUAAGGUUGGGAAGGUAGUGGACAUUCGUGGCUGGGACAACGAGUCUGGUCGCAGCGUGGCCAGUGUCACCUGGUCUAAUGGCACCACUAAUGUUUACCGAAUGGGCCACAAGGGCAAGGUAGACCUGAAAUAUGUGACAGAUGGCCAGGGAGGCUUCUAUUACAAAGAUCACCUACCAAAACUUGGAGAGCAUGCAGAGCUGCAGCGUCAGGAGAGUGCAGACGGCCAUUCUUUCCAGCAGGGUGACAAGGUCAAAUGUCUGUUGGAGGUAGACAUCCUACGGCAGAUGCAGGAGGGCCACGGAGGGUGGAACCCCAAAAUGGCAGAGUACAUUUGCCGGAUUGGGACGGUUCACAGAAUCACUGACCGAGGAGAUGUCAGAGUCCAGUACAGCAACAAUAUCCGCUGGACUUUCCAUCCUGGGGCACUCACCAAGGUGAACACGUUUGGAGUUGGGGAAUUAGUGAGAGUAUUGGAGGACAUGGAGAGCGUGAAGAGACUGCAGGCUGGCCAUGGAGAAUGGACAGACAGCAUGACUCCUGUGCUGGGCCAGGUCGGCAAGGUGUUAAAAGUAUAUGCAGAUGGUGACCUACGGGUAGCAUUUGGAGGCCAGACAUGGACAUUUAACCCAGCGUGCCUCUCAGCCCAACCCGUGGAGGUGGAUGCCAACCUCAUGACGGCCGAGAACCCCAACGAAUCUGGAAGUACUGUCAUCUCAGUGCUGGAGAAGCUGCUCUCUCAGUCCACAGAGCAAGACAAUCCCAGUCGGCUAGUGAUUGAGGCAGCGCAUGGCAGUGCCAGCAAGGUGCGGGAGCUGGUGCAGAAGUAUCCUGACAAGGUGGAUAUCAAGAACCAAGGCAAGACUGCGCUGCAGGUUGCUGCUCACCAAGGCCACAUGGAGGUGGUGAAGGCCCUGCUGCAGGCAAACAGCUCAGUUGAGGUCAAAGAUGAAGAUGGAGACACGGCAUUGCACUACACUGCUUUUGGUAAUCAGGCGGAGAUCGCGCGGCUGCUGUUGAGUAAGGGGGCAAAUGUCAACCUCCUGAACAACUCCAUGUGCACGGCGCUCCACAUCGCCGUCAACAAGGGCUUCACUGACGUGGUGCGGGUGCUAACUGAACAUUCUGCUGAUGUCAAUCUCCAGGAUUCAUACGGGGACACGCCGCUCCACGACGCCAUUGCUAAAGAUUUCCGCAAUAUCAUUGAGAUCCUGUCCGUGGUGCCCAACAUUGAUUUCACCCAGCAGAACCACAGAGGCUUCAACCUGCUGCACCAUGCUGCCCUCAAAGGAAACAAACUGGCCACAGAAAAGAUCCUGGCCCGAGCACGGCAGCUGGUCGAUGUUAAAAAAGAGGACGGCUUCUCUGCGCUGCAUCUGGCGGCUCUCAACAACCACAAAGAUGUCGCAGAAAUCCUCAUCAAGGAGGGGCGCUGUGACAUCAACAUCCGAAACAACCGGAACCAGACGCCGCUUCAGCUGGCGGUGACGCAGGGCCACACAGAGUUGGUGCAGCUGCUGGUGGACGAGGGCGCCGACGUCAACAUGGAGGACGAGGACGGUGACACGGCCAUGCACGUGGCCCUCCUCCGCCCGCAGCUGGCCAACGUUAUGCUCAGCCCAUCCGUAGGUACCAGCAGCAGUGAGGAGAGCAGCGACGGAUGUUCCUCCACGUCUCUGUACUGCAGGCUGAACGCGACAGGUCUUCUGGGGAGUACGGAGCUGAGCGUAGGCACAGCUGUCGCCUGUUUUCUAGCGAUGGAAGGUGCUGACAUCAGCUACGCCAACCACAAGGGCAAGAGUCCUCUGGACUUGGUGGCAGACAGCACCAUGCUGCAGCUCAUCAAGAGCUUCUCUGAGAAGCACAGGUUGCAGCGCCUGCAGGCCAUCACAUGCGGACAGGGCCUGAGCAGCGCCAGCCUGCGGCGGGUCCACACGACGCCCAACACCAUGACCAACCUGGUUCUACCAACGCCGCCCGGGCCCAGCGAAUGCCUCAUCUGCUCCGAGCUGGCUCUUCUGGUUCUCUUCUGCCCCUGCCAGCACAGUGUGGCCUGUGAAGAAUGUGCCCAUCGCAUGAAGAAGUGCAUCAAAUGCCAGGUCACAAUCACCAAGAAAAUUAGGCAAGACCAAACGGAGGUGGACUGCAGCCCCGGCACCGAGAACUCAGAGCAGCACAACCUGCUCGAACAACUGCAGUCCCGCUACCGUCAGAUGGAGGAGAGGAUGACCUGUCCCAUCUGCAUCGACAACCACAUCAAGCUGGUCUUCCAGUGCGGGCACGCCUCCUGCAUCGACUGCAGCGCCGCGCUUAAGACCUGCCCGAUCUGCCGGCAGACCAUCCGCGAGCGGAUCCAGCUGUUUGUCUGAGCUUCUCUCUCCGCUCAGUCCAGAGAAUAGUGGAGGGGGGCAUCGGAGAGAAGCGAGGCUGGGGAUGGGCAGUGGGCAGCUGUUAUUUUGGACACCCCCAGUAACCCCAACCAUCCCCUUGGAUCAGCCCACAGGCUGCUUGACUAUCAGAUGCUGUAUUAAAUCACUGAGAGGCCA